GCAGUACCUACUAUACCCUCUUGAAUUAAUCAAACCGAGCAACCUUCUCAAGAAUCUUCAAUUCCGACCAUCAAACCAUACUUCUACAACAAAAUGCCUCGCGCUGUUGCACCACCUCCAAGCGGAGAAUUCCAAGUCAAGCUCAGCAAGCCAUUUGCCGGCGAACCCAAACUCACCAUCGAAGUCCUCGGCGAACCGAACCGGUCCGCUGUCAUUCGACAAACCCACUACACCGGCAACAACAAGUCCUCCGAGAAGACGGGGGAUGUCUCUUCUGACGAUGUGAACGAGCUCAUGAAACUCGUCCAAGAACUUCGAGGAUUCCCAUCGAGCGCAUCAAAGGAUAUCUAUGGCGCGGAUGUGAAGGUGGAUUUCAACACGUUUGAUAUCCAGUGGUCGAAUGACGAGGAGGAGGCCAGCGAGGGCGAUGUGGAGAAGGAGCAGAAGGAUGAUUUCAAGAGAAUUGCGGAUAGCAUUGAGGCCCUCGCUCGACAGUUUGCGACGAAUGAUUCUGCCAUCUGAGAAUGAGCAGGGGAGUUACUGUUGUCGUUGUCGUCGUAUAUGUGCUAGGGAUACAGGAUACCUUGCGAAAAAGUGUAGUGAGCAGUAUCGACGAAAUGAGUAGCUUGGUCUGGCCUUGCAAAUAUCGUGUAGUGUACAUGUAGUUUGGUCCAAGUGAAGGUCUUGGAAGUU